AUGCCCUUCGCUUUCACCUUUGUCUGUGACCUUCUGCAACAACUAAGCGACAACCAGCAACUGCGCACUGGGCAAAAAAUAGAUGCCAAUAUCGUCAAGGCAUGGUUUGAGCAGCACAGGGGACAGUUGAAUCGCGGAGACACUGACCCAAGUGCUCUCCUUUCCACCCUAUUACCUGACAAGCGCACGGACAGGGUCUACGGCAUUCAAGCCCCGAGGCUGGAAAAGAAGAUCGCCCGUGUCAUUGGCUUGGGUCGAUCGCGGAUUGCAGAGCUCUCCCGGUGGAAAACACCGGGCUCGGGUGUUGACUUGGGCGAUUGUGUCGAGCGCAUCCUCACUGACACCCCCAAUCCUAUCUUUCCCAACAGCUCUAGGGUGACUGUUGAGGAGAUUGACAUAAUCCUCCACGCCAUUGCCAGAAAAUGCCGAUUCAGCUCUCCGGCUAUCCGAUCCUCCCCUGUGCCCUCCGGCUUAGGCGACCCUGAGUCCGCCUUGGCCGGCAUUUUCAAGCGGCUUUCGGCUCGUGAUGCCAAAUGGUUUACUCGGCUCAUCCUCAAAGAUUACCGGCCUGUGGCACUUGACCCUUAUGUGGUCUAUCGAUUCUACCACCCGCUACUGCCUUCUCUGCUCAAGAUCCAAGAUGACUUCGCCGCUGCAGCCCGUCUCCUGCACGAGCAUCUUCAGAACCGGCGCGUCGUACAAGGUUCUCCAUCCAAGUCCGAUCUUGUAAGGCUUCUCAAACCGACUUUGGGGAUCAAGGUCGGGAGACAGCCAUGGCUCAAAGGCCGCAGUAUCAAGCACUGUCUUGAUAUGGGCAGGGGCCUGAUGAGUUGCGAAAAGAAGAUUGAUGGCGAGUACUGCCAGAUACACAUCGAUCUGAGCAAGGGCAAGGACUGCAUCCAGAUCUUUUCAAAGAGUGGAAAAGACAGCACUCAGGAUCGAUUCAACCUGCACGAGGCCAUUCGUGCAUCUUUGAAGCUGGGCCAGCCGUCAUGCCGCAUUAAGAAAGGGGCAAUUCUCGAGGGAGAGUUGGUUGUCUAUAGCGAAAAGGAGGGCAAGAUCCUCGACUUCGACAAAAUCCGUAAACAUGUGCAUAGAUCCGGCUCAUUCCUCAGUACAGAACAAGACUCUCAACCGCACCAUUGGGAGCACUUAAUGAUAAUCUAUUUCGACAUUCUCAUGGUGGACGACGAUACCUUCCUCCCUCUGAGGCACUCGGAGCGUUUUAGGCGUUUGACCGAGCUCAUUGAAUGCAAGAAAGGGGUGGCCGAUGUCGUCCAGCGUCAAGUCAUUGACUUUAGCGACCGUGAUGCUGCCUCCACGCUGCGCAUGGCGUUUGGUCAAUGCAUUGUCUCAAACGAAGAAGGAUUGGUCCUCAAACCUGACGACCCAUACUUUGACUUCAGUUCGACCAAACACCGGUUUGGUUGCAGCAACAUCAAGCUCAAGAAGGAGUAUUUCCAGGGGUUCGGCGACGUGGGAGACCUCGCCAUCGUUGGUGGCCGCUAUGAGCCAGCUGCAGCCAAAUCAUUUCGAAUCCCGAACGUCAAGUGGACACAUUUCUACUUGGGCUGCCUCGAGAACAAGGAGGAGGUUCAACGCUGGGCUGUUCAACCUCGCUUUGUGGUUCUCAACGUGGUGGAGCUCAGCGCACCGCUGAUGGAGACGUUUGCUCGGUGUACCAACCCAGAAGCUGUCCCGGUAGAGGAGGGAACAAUUGUGCUGCGCAUCGAACCUGGUACUGCGAAUGGAAAAUGGCCGACGCACGUCUUCACCAAUCCACCGGUCUGCGAUGUCCGAUGCUUUUCCUUUCACAAGCAAGGCAACACAGGGUUCUGGAGCCUGAGGUUUCCCGCAGUCACCAAGUUCCAUCUUGAUCGAUCGAUUCUCGACGUGAUGACCUUUGGUGAAAUGCAGGAGCUAGCAGAAGCUGAUAAGGGGAAUGUGCCUGUGGCUGAUAGUCAAGAGCUGGAAAAGUGUAUCGCUCUCUUGAAAAAGGCAGACCCAAAAGGGGCACGCAGAGAUCGAUCAAGCCAGUCAACAAUCAUCACGUCAAGCUCAACGUCAUCUGCAUCGGCCCGUCUCUCAAAGUCACCAAACAAAUCAUUCCCUCCUCCUCCAACGUGCAAACCACAGACAGCGCAACGAGCGGUUGUGUUGCCCGAGCAGGGAGCAAUGACACCUCCACGGUCAUCCGCUGUUGUAGGGGAAGCACAAGAAAACUUGGCAUCACAGUCACCUGGAAGCAAACCGAGCCGCAAACAUGGGCCUCCUGAGUCACCAGAGAAGGCGACACAACGACCUGCCAAAAUGGCAAAAGUCACAACCACACCUCUCUCGUCAUCUCUUCCUUCUUCCCAAACCCUUGAUAGCUCUCCGCGUGCGCGUCGUCGGCCACUUGGGGACAUAUCGGCUUCCUCUGGACGCGUUAACACUUUGUCUGGAGAGCACCAGCACCGGUCAGGCGCCGUCUUCCACAGCCAACCCCAACUCAACAUGGAAGAAGGAAAAAACAACGAUGUGCCGGAGACCGACAAUCUGGUCACCGACCUGUUCUGCGACAGCAAAGUCCAGCUGCCCUCAGACAAACCUCCGGACCCAUCCAACAAUGCACCGCGCUACCCAUGCAACGUCUCGGGCGCCUUCUGCCCCUUUUCCAACUUCUCGGCUGUCAUAGCGCCCGACGUGCCGGACCGUGACAAGCUCGAGGAGCUCCUGUCCAGGCACGGGAUCAAGUGUGUCGGCGACGACCCGGAGGAGUGGAAGCCACUGGACGGGCCGCAGAACUCUCAAGUCAAGCUCGCGCUCGUGCAGGCCCGAGACAAGGAGGCGACCCUGGAGUUCUUCCAGCAGGUGGAGGAUGUCGGACUGGAGUGGCAGAGGGGCAAGCGGGAGUUUGUGGAGGUCUACGACUGGAGGAUGCUGGAGCCGCUGACGGAGCGGGAGGCCAUGCAGGCUGCGGAGGAGACCCGCGAGACCGAGGGUCGGUACAAGGCAUAUCUUAGGGAUAUUAUCAGGAGGCAUUGGGUUGGACUGGCAUAA